AAAGAAAAAAAAGAAAGUUUAAGAACCCCCUUAGUUUUAUCAUGAAUGACUUCUCCAUCGUGACUAUUGGUUUCCUUCAGGGGUUGAUUUAAGGCUUUGUAUGUGUGUCUGUGUGUGUAUGUUGCUAAGGUCACCAUGGCUGACCGAGCUGCUGCGGAAAGAGCUUGCAAGGAUCCCAACCCCAUCAUUGAUGGCAGGAAGGCCAAUGUGAAUCUGGCAUAUUUGGGAGCAAAACCAAGGAUCAUGCAACCAGGUUUUGCCUUUGGUGUUCAACAACUUCAUCCAGCCCUUAUACAAAGACCUUUUGGGAUCCCCGCCCACUACGUGUACCCGCAGGCUUUCGUGCAGCCCGGCGUGGUCAUCCCGCACGUGCAGCCCACCGCGGCCGCCGCCUCCACCACCCCCUACAUCGACUACACGGGCGCCGCGUACGCCCAGUACUCGGCGGCCGCCGCCGCCGCCGCCGCCGCCGCCGCCUACGACCAGUACCCGUACGCGGCGUCGCCGGCCGCCGCGGGCUACGUCACCGCCGGGGGCUACGGCUACGCCGUGCAGCAGCCAAUCACCGCCGCCGCCCCCGGCACGGCCGCCGCCGCCGCCGCCGCCGCGGCCGCCGCCGCCGCCUUCGGCCAGUACCAGCCGCAGCAGCUGCAGACCGACCGCAUGCAGUAGCGCGGCCGCGUGGUCGCGGUCGCCUCGCGUCCCCUCCCCCCCACACACAGUUGCCCGACGUGUAGUAGGUAAGGCGAGUUCACGUUGACUUACCAGCUUUAACAAAAACAAAAAACAAAAAAAGCGCUAUGCUAUUGUGAAACAGAAUCCUCCUCCUCCUCUUCCUCCUCCUCCUCCUCCUUUUUUUUUUUUUUCCUACUCCAGUAAGUGUCGUAGUUGAGAGAGAGAGGGGAGUGGGCGCAGUUUUGGAAAUCGAUCCCAAAGAGCCUGAGGAAAGGAAAGGCCGCGACGACGCGACGGUGGCAGGGGCAAAACAAUGGAACUUCACUUUUUCUAACGGGAUUUUUUAUUUUGUUGCUCUUUUUAUAGUAUCAGGGAAGCAAACUGCCUUUUACAAGUUUAGGAGAUGCUAUUUGAAUCUAGUCGAACCAGGGAAUGCAGAGUGAGCAAUAUGUAGCUUGAAUUACCUUUAAGAGCAGAUUUCAAACACACACACACACACACACACACACACACACACCACAAAAACGGUGAACGCACUGAUUGUCAUUUUUAGCGGUCACGAGGGCCUCUAGAACUUCUUCAGGUAAGAAGAUAACGUUCUUACCGUCUCAAAACAUGGGCAUCGAACAAUCAACCUAGGAGCGUGGCAGUGGGUGAAAUGGUGGACAGGCACCAAAGCUAUUUUCUCAUCUAUCCUGUGGAUGAGCGGGACUGUGGGGCAAGUGAUGUGGAAUUAAUGGGUGCAGCAGCUGUACAGACAAUCAAUAACACACACAGUUCUGGAAAGAACACAUCACUUGUGCUUGUUUGAUGAGCUUGUCACAUUCUAAUCCCUCUCCCCAUCCUGUUUCAAUUUUGGGAAACUUGUAUCUGCUGGUGUCAGCAGUUCUGAUUCUGAAAUAGGAUCAGGCUUUUACUACAACAGCCUUCUCUUUCUAUUUAUUGUGUUGACUCGUGGCUUACGACUAAAGGCAGGCAAAGUUUGCAGACUCCAAACCCUUAAGAACUGUCUUAAGGACACGUAUUUCCUACCCCCCCCCCUUUUUAAAUAAUUUUACACUUUUUAGUAUCUAUUUCAGAGUCAUAUUUAAAACUAUUUAUUAGUGAACACAGUACACGAAACAACAAGGUUACUGAGAUUAUAGUUCUUCAAAGGUUACCGAUAAUGUGGUUUAUACUGUGCCUUAAUAGUAACGCUAUUUAAGAUAUUUAUUUUUAAGUUUUACUAUGCUGCACUCUAAAGAAAGGAACUUUAGAUGUGACACUGUAAAAUUAUGUAUUCAUCUCAUGGCAUAAAUUAUUUAGUAGGUCUAGAUGUAGCAUAUUAAAUAUUAACCUAUCCAGCUAAAGAUGUUCACUUGGAUUUAUUUAAAUUCGUAUGUGCACUGUAUAAGAGAGUAUUCUGACAUUAACACAUUUUAAUUUAUUUUAGUGUUUAGGGUUUAUUUUAAAGCAGAUAUAUUGCUAGUUUCAUGCUUCCUUCUCUUAAUUUUUGCUCGUGUAGAUCUCAUUUAUUGGUACUUCAUUAGUUUAACACUAUUCUUCUGUAGUUUAUGUAGUUUUUAAAUGCUGCUUUACUUUUUUCUUCCAAAACUGCAAUACUUGCAAUUUUUAUUCUUAAACUAAAUUGAAUACUAUUUUACACUGUAUCGGAUUUUUAUACUUGAACAAUUUCAUACAAGGGAAGACAGGUUAGCAUUUUUAUGGACUUUCUCCAUUAUCACUGGAUUUACUUUAAGUAUUCCCAUACUAGACAGUGUUAUGUAAUGUAGACAUGACUCUCCUGUGCAAAUUAUUUAUUCAUUGUGUAUAUUGCUUUAUAACAUUUCAGAUCUUCUAAUCUAUUCACUUGUAUUAAAUAUAAUUUUUAAAAACUUCUGUUGCAUCGAUCGUUUCUAAUUUUGUCAUAAAGGUUAGAACAGCUUCUCCUUCCAACUAGCAUCCAUGGCCAUGGUUUACAUGUAACAUUUUCAGUGAGCAGAAAGCUUCCCAGAUGCCCUGUGUUCGUACCUUUUAAGUACAUUUUAUUAACCCAGGUCUUCCUUGCAUUGAGCAAAUGGUAUAGGUCCUCCCCCAACAGUGAAUCCUAAAGGACUGUUCGUGUCGCUGAACAUUGCUUACGUAAAGGUCACUUGAAAGAGUGGGCUGCACAGGGGGACAGUCCAUCCGAAGCUGGAGUUGGGUAAACUGAGGCUUGGUGUUAGACUCUACCACUUUCUAGUAAUACGAAUGGAGCGGGUUGUGUUCUGUAAUCGACUUUUUGGGUGAGGUUUUCAUUGAUUUCUCAUCCAUAAUGGGACAGUAAUCCCUGUCUCACAUGCUUAUUUAGAUAUUAACUAAAAUACAGUGUAUCAGCUGCUUGGUCCAAGGCCAAAUCUAUAGUACAAUCUUGAUAAAUGGUCACUGGUAGUAGUUGUGAUGCACUAUGGUAAAAGCUAACCAAAAAGGAAGUCCCCUGUUGGAAUGUUCUCAUUUUUAAAUUUCUGUGUACAAUGAUGUGGCAGCAUGUAAUAAUUUUGAUGGCAAAAUUCAUUUGACUGCCAUAUUGAUUGUCUUAAAGGGUGUAUGGUACUUCAAUUAUGGAAUAGAUUGUUGUUGGUCAGUUGGUCUCGGUACUUACCAAAUCUGUGAUAUAAUAUCUUUUCUUGAAUUCCAUUACUUUGCAAAAGUUACGAGCAGUAGAAAGUUGUGAUAACAGAUUCUAUUGUGCUUUCCACUUUAUGAUAACCAAUAUCCUGUGUUAGGGCCAACACAGUCUCAAAUUUUAAUUGCUUUUAAUUUUCCGAAGAAAAAUAGAGACCAACUUUUAUUCCCAGGCUGGGAUAUUAUUGCACCUCAAGGUAUUAUCUUGGAUCAGUAAAAUAAUUUCUAAGCUACUUAAUUCAGUCAGUGCAUCAAGGAUUAUUUUACUGAAAAGACAUGUUCUACAUUCAAUUUUUCAGAUUUAUGAAAGGCCACUUUUGUCCUCAAUAAGCCAUAUGUUGAUUGUUGUGUUUUAGAAUGAAACAUUAUUUGACUUAUCGGUGAAGAAUACGUCAGACAGUUCUGGAAAAAGCUUGUCUAAAGUAGCCGUACUCAAGAAAACCAAAAGCUCACCAAUGCUUUGUUGUAACUUCCUUGGGGGUGUUUCUGAUCUAUACUAAUAUCAAUAUUAGCACUUGGAGACAGGGUGAGGUUUUUACUUUGUAAUACCACAGCAUAUAUUUUUCUUUUUUUAAUGUUUUGGGUUUUUUUGGUUUUUUUUUUUUUUUUUUUUUUUUUUUUUUUUUUUUUUUUUUUUUUUU